AUGAGUGUCGCCGCCGCCGCGCGCGUCAUCGCUUCAUCGCCGCGCCGCGGCUCGCGACCGCGACCGCGCGCGCGGUGCGUGGCGUCGACGUCUGGGGAAACGUCGGCAUCGCAACCGCGGCCGUGGGCGGUGUCGCUCGCGCGCGUGUUCGAGUGGGAGGACAUCCUCGAGGUCGCGGGCGACGACGCGGAGACGCGCGCGGUGAGCGACGACGACGACGAUGACGCACCGACGACGAGCGGUUCGAACGGUCCAGAACGAGGAUGUAAGGAUGAAUUCAUCGUCAUCGACGGUGCAAACGUGGCGUGGGGGCUGGCGCAGAAGCUGAAGAGUAAAUUUCACACCAAGUCGCGGGUGCCGAUGUCGUCCGCGGUGCUCAUGGCGUUGAAUCACGAGCCGUGGCGACGGCGAGGGAUACGCACGCACGCCUUCAUACCGCGAGAGUACGUCAUUGGGUACGUGAACUCGGUGUGCGAUGGUGGUGGAUUAGCGACGGUGAACGCGGAGUGCGUGGAGUAUUUAGGAAAAGGAAUGUGGUGUAACCGUCGGCUGAUGGACGAGGUGGACAAGGGACGAUUGACGCUCGUCUCUCGCGCGGGCGACGACGGAAGAGGCUCGCGAAAGGCGGACGAUUUGGUCAUUCUUCAACGCGCCAAGGAGGCGGACGCGUGGAUAUGCAGCAACGACAAGUUUCGCGAUCACAGACGCGAGCGAAACAUCGGCUUUGCCGGGGGCAAGGCGCUCAAGGAGUUCGCCCGACUCCGCAGGAUCGAUCACAACUUCCUCAUCGCCCCCGGUUUGGACGACGAAACGUUACAAGCGAUGACGAACGCGAGCGAUUGGUCUCCGAGAUGCGGUGCGAGCUUCUUCGACGCCUACGACGGUCCGUCGCCCCGUCUCGUCGGCUCGCACUCCGAGCUCGAUCCGUUCCCGCCGCACGCCGCGCCGCCCGACCUCCUCCCCAUCACCUUCGAACCGAUCCCGACCGACGCGAUGAAAACCGCUCGCGCGCACUUCUUAGCUCGCAGGCUCUGGGAAGUCCCUCGCGUGCGCGCCUAG